CACCAAGGGAAUCCGGGUGCCCCCCCCCAAAGCCAUGUGGGCCUCCGGGAACCUGGCUCCACCACCCCGGCUGCCCGGUGGUCCUGGCCUCAGUCCUGGCCGGGCGGAGAUUCUGCAGACAUUCAGGGAUUGGCUUCGCCACUGAGCCCUCAGGCCUCUUCCAGCCACCACCCCUACAUCCCUAGCCUUUCUCGGCAGGUCCCAGUCCCAGCUCCAUCAGUGCUCUCACCCCAGCCGCAGCUAUGCUGCACACAGAGGGCCAUGCUCUUCUUCGGGCCGUGGGUCAGGGUAAACUACGAUUGGCCCGUUUGCUUCUGGAGGGCGGUGCCUACGUGAAUGAGGGUGACGCCCAGGGCGAGACUGCGUUAAUGGCAGCUUGUCGGGCCCGCUACGACGACCCCCAGAACAAGGCACGCAUGGUACGCUACCUCCUGGAGCACGGCGCAGACCCCAACAUCGCAGACCGCCUAGGGCGCACCGCGCUCAUGCAUGCUUGUGCUGGGGGUGGUGGCGCCGCAGUGGCUUCGCUGCUUCUUGCCCACGGCGCAGACCCCUCAGUCCGAGAUCACACGGGCGCCUCGGCGCUUGUCCACGCCCUGGACCGCGGGGACCGCGAGACCCUUGCCACGCUGCUGGACGCCUGUAAGGCCAAGGGCACGGAGGUCAUCAUCAUCACCACCGACACCUCGCCCUCAGGCACCAAAAAGACCCGGCAGUAUCUCAAUUCUCCACCAUCCCCGGGGGUAGAGGACCCCACUCCCGCUCCUCCUAGCCCGGGGGUCUGCACGUCGCCUUCGGAAAUCCAACUGCAGACUGCAGGAGGAGGACGGGGUUUGAUAUCCCCUCGCACCCAGGAAGAAGAGGAGAAGCGGGACGUAUUUGAAUUUCCUCUUCCUAAGCCCCCAGAUGACCCUUCCCCUUCUGAGCCCCUUCCCAAACCACCGCGUCACCCUCCAAAACCACUCAAAAGGCUCAAUUCCGAGCCCUGGGGCCUAGUGGCACCUCCGCAACCGGUCCCGCCCGCGGAAGGGAGGCUGGGGACAGAGCGCCUGACUGCGGACUUCAACGGUCUGACCCUGACCGGCCGGCCCCGUCUUUCCAGACGUCACAGCACAGAGGGCCCGGAGGACCCGCCCCCGUGGGUGGAGAAAGUGACGGGUUGGGGUGCCCUCUCUCGCCGAAACACCGCGCCGGAAGCUCAGGAGUCUGGUCCCCCUUCAGGGCUGAGGCAGAAACUGAGCCGCAUGGAGCCGGUGGAGCUCGACAUGCCGGGAAAUCUUUGCCCUGACUCGCCGGAGUGCAGCCGCCCGUCCCUGGAGCGCCGCCGGUACAGCGCCUCCCCGCUGACUCUCCCUCUGGCAGGUUCGGCUCCCUCCCCGCGCCAGUCCCAGGAAAGUCUGCCUGGGGCGGUGUCUCCACUGAGCGGGCGGAGGCGGAGUCCGGGGCUGCUGGAGCGGAGGGGCUCGGGAACGUUGCUCUUGGACCACAUCUCGCAAACGCGGCCGGGUUUCCUGCCCCCGCUCAACGUCAGCCCCCACCCUCCCAUCCCCGACAUUCGCCCCCAAGCCGGAGGUCGGGCGCCUUCGCUGCCCGUGCCUCCCCAGGCGGGGGCGCCAGGCUCUCCCAGGACCAAGCGCAAAUUGGUGAGGCGCCACUCCAUGCAGACUGAGCAGAUCCGCCUGCUAGGGGGCUUCCAGAGUCUAGGCGGACCAGGGGAGCCAGGGCGCUGAGAGGAGUGAAAGAAGCCAGGAGGGUGGGGAUCAGGACCUUGAUGGGACAGGUGGGAGAACCAGCUCACGCACACACACACACCACGGACAUCGGGAUCUUUUGCAUGUGCUCCUGGGCACGGUGCACGCACAUUGGGCAAACGUGUCCACAAGCACAGUUAACUCUAUUCGCAGGGAAGGGUAAGUGCUCUUUUUACUGGGUAUAUAGACACAUGCAUUCAUGCUCUGGUCACUUCACAUGCAUAUGAGAAUUACUUGUGUACUCACAGGCACGGCACACGCACAGGCCACUUGUGCUAGGGCCCCACAUGGGUCCCAAAUUCACUUGCAUUUUUUCAGAAGCAGUAGGGAACUCCUACUUAUGGGUAGUCUCCAAUCUCUUUGCCCUCCUACAGAAGCAAUCCCUUGCUUUCCAUGUAUGCCCUGAAAUACAGCCCGCUCAUGGUUUUGCACACUCUACCAUCUUCGUGAAUAUUUCACCCUGUUCUGCAGGUCUUGCUUCUCUCUCCAGGCCUGGCUCCUCGUCCACACCCUGCUUCCAGUCCUAACCACUCUUCACUCUCCUUGGGGGUUUCCUGCAGCAAUCCCCAGCCUCAGUUCUGCUGCUGCCUUUCCUGCUCUCAGCUUUACUUCUCAACUUCCUGCUUUUUAUUCCCACCCUGUGCCCCCAACCAAUACAAUAAGUUGUCUCAUUUUCCCAGGGGUAGGUUAUGGGCUCUAACUGCUCUUUUGUCUGUCUGAGCUUAUGAACACCCCUGCAGUAGAAGUGGGGAGUAACCCUAAAGCACUCCUCUCUCCACUUGACAUAUCAAAUAAAUGUGUUCAGAA